AUUUUUAAAGAGAUCCGCUAUACUUACAGAGGUUAUAGUUAUAGUAAUAAAAUUAGUUGAAGGAUGUUUUAUUAAUUUUAGAUUAUAUUUUUGCAGCAAUACUGCAAGACUGGAAUCAGAUCAUUUUAUUUUUUUUAAGCUGGAGUUGCUGACUUUUCAUAUUGUGCCAUUCUUCCAUACAUCUGGAUCGGAGUUUGACGAGGUGCUUGUAGGACAAGGAGCACGGCGGGUUCGAGAUCUGUUCGAUAAAGCAAAAGCGAGAGCUCCCUGCAUUAUCUUUAUUGAUGAGGUGGAUAGUGUUGGAUCAAAGCGAGUUUCAAACAGUAUCCAUCCGUAUGCUAAUCAGACCAUCAAUCAAUUGUUGAGUGAAAUGGAUGGAUUCAAUCGAAAUGAGGGUGUUAUAGUGAUUGCGGCUACAAACCGGGUAGAGGAUUUGGAUAAGGCUCUGCUCCGUCCUGGUCGAUUUGAUGUGCGAGUCACAGUGCCGAAACCGGAUUUGGCAGGUCGAAUAGAUAUAUUCGACUUUUACUUACAAAGAAUCAUACAUUCUCCUAAUGUCGAUCCAAGAAUCUUGGCCAAAGUAUGUGGAAGAAUACCCGAUGAAGAAGCGAAUAGGAAUACUGCUUAUCAUGAAGCUGGUCACACAUUGGUGACACUUUAUACAAAACAUGCUACUCCAUUGCAUAAGGUAACAAUAAUUCCCCGAGGACAAUCACUUGGCCAUACGGCAAUGCUUCCUGAAAAAGAUGAAUAUCAAAUGACGAAAGGACAACUUCUCGCAGCUCUU